AAUUGGUAAUUCUUUUCAUCAAUUGCGUUUUCUUCGUAAAAGUGUUCCACUACAAACUCUUGAAUCACUAGUGGUGCUCCAACCUCAAUACAUGAGAUUUGUUGUUAAGGACAAUCGCAUUUUAAGCUAGCCUUUUCUUCUUUAUGUAAAAAUGCUUGAGUGUGAGUUUUUUUAGACCGACUUAAGACAUUUGAUAUUAAAUGAGCGCAGUGAUCAAACCAAGGACAUGGAAGGCGGCAACCAUCGGGAGGACGAUGAGACAGAACAACCUGUACUUGUGGAAGAGCCACUGGACCUCAUCAGGCUAAGCUUAGAUGAGAAAAUCUAUGUAAAAAUGAAACGCAACCGCGAAUUACGAGGUGUCUUGCACGCUUUUGAUUCACACUUGAACAUGAUCCUGGGGAAUGUUGAGGAAACUGUAACAACAUUGGAGAUCGAUGAAGAAACAUAUGAAGAAGUUUACAAGACAACAAAACGCACAAUACCAAUGCUGUUUAUUCGCGGAGAUGGUGUUAUUCUUGUUUCGCCUCCUCAAAAGGAGUGACCUUUGUACAGUCAAUUUUAUGUAUCGUGAUUCACAUUUACAUAUUUGCAAAUAGAUCGUAUACUCU